AUUAUCUACCUCCAGGAACUUGAAAAUGAGUGACAACAGCACAUUGGCCCCUCCAUCUUCAGGCCAGGGUCCCACCAGUCCACGCAAGGCACCCCCUAAAUUCAAGCAGAGGCAAACUCGACAAUUCAAGAGCAAGCCUCCUAAGAAAGGUGUGAAAGGGUUUGGAGAUGACAUCCCAGGCAUGGAGGGCCUUGGAACAGAUAUCACGGUCAUUUGUCCCUGGGAAGCCUUCAGCCACCUGGAAUUACAUGAGCUGGCCCAGUUUGGAAUCAUCUGAGUCAAGAAAGUAGCUGUCAACUAUCCCCAACAUUUCCUGUACCUUGGAAGUUUAUGUGUGACCUCACCAAUCUGUGAUGUGUCCGGAGUCUUAGCUGUUUAGAAUACUUUCUUCUUACACUCGCCCACAGA